AUGCCCGCUGCUCUCAAGAGUCUUGGAAUCAUGUCCGGAACAGCGAAUAUCGACCAUCAGGCAUCUCUCACCCACAUGGAUGACGAGACAAGAUCUAUAACCAGUCAUCCGAGCAGUCUCUCCGACGUCGAAAACGCAGAAGAACCAGAACCAGCCUUCAAAAUCAUCCUCCAGCUCCACAACAAACCCGUCGAAGUCCCUCUCUACAGCGAAGAUGCCACAAUUCAAGACCUCUCCGAUUCCGUAGCAGAAGAUCUCCAAAUCCCUCCGACAAGCCAGAAAUUCCUCAUAACGCCCAAAGUCGGCCUUCUCAAACCGCCAUUCAAAGACCCCUCCCUCACAGUCCGCUCCAUUCAAGAUAAGAAGAUCGUCCUCAUGGGCGCCACGACCGCCGAAAUAGAAGAGCUUGAAUCAGACAUUGCGGAACGCAAAGCACGUAUCUCCCGUCGCCGUGCUGCUCUGAAGGAGGGAAGGAAAGUCAAAGCGAACCCGAGCAGAGAUUGGAAGAAAGUCCAGGACGAGGCGAGAUAUACCUUUCACACGUUACGGCCUCUGCCAUACCUGCCGAAUCCUGAGAAGAGCUUGCGAUUCCUGGAGCGCCUACGGGACGACGCAGGUAUCAAGGCUUCGAUGAGAAAACAUGGAUUCUCCGUGGGUCUCCUGACAGAGAUGAAUCCUGCAGAGCACACGACGCAUGAGUCUAGAACUUUGGGACUCAAUCGGAAUCGCGGAGAAGUCAUUGAGUUGCGGUUGAGAACGGAUGCGUAUGAUGGAUAUAGGGAUUACAAAGUGAUCCGGAAGACACUUUGCCACGAACUGACGCAUAACGUCUGGGGCGACCACGAUCAAAGGUUCUGGAAGCUGUGCAGGGAAAUCGAAGCCGAGGUGGACAAGAACGAUUGGAGGAGAGGAGGGAGUUCUGUCGGUGGUGAGGAGUUCCAUAAUCCGGACGAUGAAGGGGAAGACGAGGAGGCUGAUCACGGAGGAUGGGAAGGCGGAGAAUAUGUUCUCGGGGCAGGCGCGGAAGGGAGUCCAUCUGCUGCCGGCGGUGGAGAGCCGUUGAGCAGAAGGGAAGCUAUGGCGAAAGCCGCUGAGGAAAGAAUGAAGAAGCAGAAAGAAGCAAAAGCAGCGGAGCAGAAUGCCAAAGAUCCGGCAGCGAACUGA